GCCCCGCUGGCCCUUGUCAGCUGCCGGGCGGAGGCUAGGUCAGGAUCAUGACUGGUCCGGAAAGGUUUCCUGGGCAGCCGGGGCAGCGAGGCUUGGGAUGAAAGAAGCUGGGCAGAUGCAAAAUCUGGAGAGCGCGGGGGCUGGGCGGUCAGUCAGCACCCAGACUGGCAGCAUGACUGGUCAAACACCAAGGCUUUCUAAAGUCAACCUUUUUACUCUGCUCAGUCUCUGGAUGGAGCUCUUCCCAGGAGUAGAAGGCCAGAGAGAAAAAUCUCAGAAAAAUGAAGAGGAAAAGUGUGGACCCUUGGGAGAUAAUGAAGGGGUGAAUAAAGUAUCUCCUGACAAAAACCAGGUGAAGAAAACUGGUCUUGUGGUGGUGAAAAACAUGAAAAUUGUUGGUUUACAUUGUUCUAGUGAAGAGUUACAUGCUGGGCAAAUUGCUCUUAUAAAACACGGAUCAGCGCUGAAAAACUGUGAUCUUUAUUUUUCCAGAAAACCAUGUUCUACUUGUUUGAAGAUGAUCGUAAAUGCUGGAGUUAACCGGAUUUCGUAUUGGCCUGCUGAUCCAGAAAUAAGUUUGCUUCAUGAAGCAUCUAGUUCUGAAGAUGCCAAAUUAGAUGCAAAAGCCGUGGAAAGACUGAAGUCUAACAGUCGGGCCCAUGUGUGCGUCUUACUCCAACCUUUAGUGUGUAGUAUGGUGCAGUUUGUAGAGGAGACCUCUUACAAAUGUGACUUUAUUCAAAAAAUUACAAAAACAGUGCCAGAUGCUAAUGCUGACUUUUAUUCUGAAUGUAAACAAGAAAGAAUAAAAGAAUAUGAAAUGGUAUUUUUGGUUUCAAAUGAAGAAAUGCAUAAACAAAUUCUGAUGAUGAUAGGCCUGGAGAACCUCUGUGAAAAUCCAUACUUUAGCAAUCUAAGGCAAACCAUGAAAGACCUUAUCCUACUUUUGGCCACAGUAGCUUCCAGUGUGCCCAAUUUUAAACACUUCGGAUUCUACUGUAGCAAUCCAGAACAGAUUAAUGAAACUCGCAAUCAAAGCUUGCCACAAGAAAUUGCAAGGCACUGCAUGGUUCAGGCCAGGUUAUUGGCAUAUCGAACUGAGGAUCACAAAACAGGAGUUGGGGCUGUGAUUUGGGCAGAAAGGAAAUCUAAAGGUUGUGAUGGAACUGGCACAAUGUACUUUGUAGGAUGUGGCUAUAAUGCCUUUCCUGUUGGAUCAGAGUAUGCUGACUUCCCACAUAUGGAUGACAAGCAGAAAGACAGAGAAAUAAGGAAAUUCCGAUACAUUGUACAUGCGGAACAGAAUGCCUUGACAUUUAGGUGUCAAGAAAUAAAACCAGAAGAAAGAAGUAUGAUUUUUGUGACCAAGUGCCCAUGUGAUGAAUGUGUACCUUUAAUUAAAGGUGCAGGCAUAAAACAAAUCUAUGCAGGGGAUGUAGAUGUUGGUAAAAAGAAGGCAGACAUUUCUUAUAUGAAGUUUGGGGAACUGGAGGGUGUUAGCAAAUUUACGUGGCAGAUUAAUCCAUUGGAAGCUUAUAGUCUUGAAGAAAAUGAGCCUGAAAAGAAAGAAAGAAAUAAAGGAAAACGUAUGGACCUGAUUAAAGGAUGUAUAUUCAGUGACAGUGCUUGAGGAGAACAAUUAUAAUGUUCCGGGUCUUAGCGAAAAGGCUACAGAAAGAACUACUCCUAAAAAGAUGAAUUACUUUAUCUGUGUUAAAACUAAGAACUGCUCAUCAAAAGAUACCAUUGGGAGAGCCGUGAAAUAGAAGACAUUUUCCACUUACAGUCAACAGAGGGCACUCACUCAGCAUUUCUCCUACCUAGCUCUCUAAGACAAGGAAGGAAGCCAUGCCUUGGUUAAAGUCCUGGAGACAGCAAGGAGGGCAUCAGAGGACAGCUGCUGCUUUGCUGGCCAUGUUUCAUUUAUUGACCUAGAGUGGUGAAUUGAAGUGUAAUAUUUGCUUUGUGACAGUUCAUUAAACUAAGUUUGUGUUAUUAAUGCA